AUGGGCUCUCUCUGGAGCAGCAUUUUGCUGCUGUGUGGGGUGGUUCUCCUAAGGGCGGAAAGCUGCAAAGCCCAAGAGACCAAGAACAACGUCCCCCGGCUAAAACUCUCCUACAAAGAAAUGUUGGAAUCUAACAACCUUGUGACGUUUGAAGGUCUGGCUAACAGUUCGUCUUACCACACGUUCCUGUUGGAUGAGGAGAAAGGGAGACUGGUCGUUGGAGCCAAGGACCACAUCUUCUCCUUUAACCUCAUUAACAUCAGCAGAGACUAUUCUCAGAUCCCUUGGCCGGCUUCUCCCACCAGAAGAGACGAGUGCAAGUGGGCAGGAAAAGAUCUCUCGAGGGAGUGCUCAAAUUUUAUCAAGGUGCUGCAGCCGUUCAACCAGACCCAUAUCUAUGUGUGUGGGACAGGAGCCUUCCACCCAGUUUGUUCCUACCUGGAAGUGGGCAAGAAAUCAGAGGACAGCGUGUUCAGACUGGAGCCUCACGUAGAAAAUGGCAGAGGGAAGAGUCCUUAUGACCCCAAGCUGCUUACCGCCUCCGUGCUAAUUGAUGGAGAGCUGUAUGCUGGGACAUCAGCUGACUUCAUGGGGCGGGACUUUGCUAUCUUUCGCACUCUUGGAAAGCAUCAUCCAAUCAGAACGGAGCAACAUGACUCCCGGUGGCUUAAUGAUCCCAGGUUUGUGGGAGUUCAACAGAUCCCUGAGAGUGAUAACCCAGAAGACGACAAAAUCUACCUCUUUUUCAAAGAAAACGCUAUUGACGGGGAGCAUGCUGGAAAGGCCACACAUGCUCGCAUCGGACAGCUCUGCAAAAAUGAUCUGGGGGGUCACAGGAGUCUGGUAAAUAAGUGGACCACCUUCCUGAAGGCUCGACUUAUUUGCUCUGUACCUGGCAGCAAUGGAAUAGACACACACUUUGACGAACUACAGGAUGUAUUUCUCAUGAGCACGAAGGAUCCCAAGAGCCCAAUCAUCUAUGCAGUGUUUACAACUUCCAGCAACAUCUUCAAAGGUUCAGCUGUGUGUAUGUACAGCAUGACAGACAUCAGAAGAGUGUUCCUGGGCCCUUAUGCUCACAGAGAUGGACCCAACUACCAGUGGGUGCCCUUUCAAGGACGUGUGCCCUACCCACGGCCUGGCACAUGCCCAAGUAAGACGUUCGGAGGAUUUGAUACAACAAAGGACCUUCCUGAUGAAGUGGUUACCUUUGCCAGAAGCCACCCAGCCAUGUUCAACCCUGUGUACCCCAUUAACAACCGGCCAAUCAUAGUCAAAACAGACGUGGACUACCAGUUCACCCAGAUAGUUGUGGAUAAAGUUGAAGCAGAGGAUGGCCUUUAUGACGUCAUGUUCAUAGGCACAGACAUGGGGACAAUACUGAAAGUCGUAUCCAUUCCCAGAGGCUCCUGGCAUGACCUGGAGGAGGUCCUGCUAGAAGAAAUGACCGUUUUCAGGGAGCCAACAGCAAUAACAGCCAUGGAACUUUCGACUAAACAGCAACAACUGUACCUGGGUUCAGACAUCGGUGUGUCCCAGAUGCCUUUGCAUCGGUGUGAGGUUUAUGGCAAGGCCUGCGCUGAAUGCUGUCUGGCAAGAGACCCUUACUGUGCAUGGGAUGGCACUGAGUGCUCCAGAUACUUCCCUAUGGCUAAAAGAAGAACAAGAAGGCAAGACAUCAGGAACGGAGACCCACUCACACAAUGCUCCGAUCUGCAGCACCAUGAUGAACUAAGUGGACAGACGACUCUUCUGGAUAAAACGGUGUAUGGCGUGGAGAACAGCAGCACUUUCCUUGAGUGCAGUCCAAAGUCCCAGAGAGCCCUCACAUAUUGGCAGUAUCAGCGCUCUGCUGACGACCGCAAACUGGAGGUCAAAUCAGAGGAACGUUUUAUCCGCACAGACCAGGGCCUUCUGAUUCGAACUCUGAACAAGAAGGACUCUGGGAUCUACCUGUGUCAGGCAGUAGAGCACGGCUUCAUGCAGACACUUCUGAAGGUGACCUUAGAGGUAAUCGACACAGAGCGCCUGGAGGAUCUGCUACAUCGCGACAAAGAAGCCAGCGUCCCGGAACCGGACCGGUCCUCACUUCAAGAAUCUCCUAAUCAAAAGCUGUGGUACAGGGACUUCCUAUCUUUGGUCAACCACCCGACUUUGAACAGUGUGGACGAGUUCUGUGAGCAGGUGUGGAAAAGGGAGAGAAAGCACAAGAAACAAAAAGCUCACCUGGUGCAGCAAACACAAGUACAACACCAGCAGCAGCAGCAGCAACAGCAGCAGCAGAAGGUUGCGGUGAACCCUCACCCACACAUGCAUGCUCAAGGGCUGGCUGCCAAGUGGAAACACCUGCAAGAGAGGCAGAAGGGACGCAAUCGUAGGACACAUGAACUGGAGAGGGCCCCUCGCAGCGUCUAACCCAUAAACCUUGACUUUAACACCCAAACCUGAAACCGCACCCAGUUCUCACCCUAUAAUCUUUAUUAACUUUCCCACUCUUCUCCUUCAUAAUGAGAUAUGGACUUCCUCCACAAGGAUAGAAAAGUUAAACUGGUAAAAUAUAAAACUAUCCUAAUCCGCUGUGGAUGCUUCUGUGCGUGGGCAGCCAUGUUUACAGUAUGCCGGUGCAGAGGACUGCAGGGAGCAGGAUGUUGUAUCACACCAGAUCAUCGGAGCAUAUUAUCUCAGCUGGCCUCUGUGGCCUUAGCACUGCAGAUGGACGUUAUCAACCAGCACAAGACCAGGACACGUAUACUCAUCCUUCAGACAUGACUGACUCCAUGCUGACAUGGCUGCUUCAGCGGCAUAGUCUCAUGGCAUGCUAGUUAGCUGCCGUCAUCAGUGUGAAACUAAGUAGAUAACUUAAAAUAUUUUCUUUUCUACUUCACAUAUAUGAAAGAGGAGAAGGUUGAAGUGUAUUAAAAACAUUGUGCGGACUGAACAGACUUGUAACUGGAUUCCAAGCACAAAAUAAGUAAACUUGUGAAAAGCACAAGAUGGGAUAAUUGGUCAUAUUUUGGUAUUUUAGAUGGUGAAAUCAGCCAUAAAUGGAAAAAAAAGAUGCCCAAGCGCUGCAAGAAC